CCCGUUCAUCCUUCUUGUCUACUCAUGUUGUACUUCGUUGAGCCUUCGGUUCCGCAGCCUCUCAACAGCAGCCAUGUCCAGUGCUCUGACCAAGCCCCCUUCGCUAAAACCUGAGAUUCGUCUCGCCCAGGCCUUAUCCAAGUUCGAGGCCGACCUUUCCAACGACGAAAAGUCUGCAUUCCGCACGCUCAAGUCGCAGUCACUUUCGACCGCACCCGGCCCAGACGAUGUUAUGCAGUUAACGGCUGAGAUGGAUCGUCGCAUAUCAGCCAAGUUUAGCAGUCGAUGUUUUGGGCCCCGCUUUACCAAUUUCCUUCAGGGAGUCCAGCAGUUUGCUGCACUUGGGGAUGUUGUAAUUGGCGGUUCGCAAAAUCUCAUUGCAUGCGGCGUGUGGUCAGUGGUGCGCAUGUCUUUAUUGUCAUUCGUCAACCUACAAAACUAUAUUGACAAGCUCUCCUCGCUCUUUAUGGAAAUCGGCCGAGCUGCACCACGUUAUCAAGCAAUAGCCCUCUUAUAUCCUCGGUCCAAAAAGCUGCAAUCGUAUCUCAGUGAAUAUUUCAUCUCAGUGGUUGGGCUAUGCCAUUACCUGUUCAAGUUUGGACACAAGUCGACCGUCAUGCAGUUCACGUCUUCCCUAAGCGAUUCGCAUUUGAAAAAUUUCCAGACUGAGCUGGACAGGUGGGCGAAUUCAAUCAAGGAAGAAAUGUAUCUGGCUGAAUUCCAAGAGAGCUCCGGAUCCAGGGCCCUGAUCAUAGACUUCUUCAAGUCCAGUUCACGUCGACAGGACCAUGCAACCCGUAUGCAAGUGCUUGACUUCUGCUCCAAAUACGACCACGAGACAGCCUGGAAACAAACUAGGAAAGCUGGCAACUCGUCUUUCUAUGCGCGAUCCAUGGAUUACCAAGAGUGGAGAGAUAGUUCGCAUUCUCGCACGCUCAUGUACACGGGCAAGCUAGGUUCGGGUAAGUCCGUGAUGCUGGCAAACAUUGUGGACGACCUGCACCUCUUUACGAAAAAAGAACAAUACCCCGUGGCGUAUUUCUUUUGCAAGCACGACGUAAUGGAGAGUUUGCAGGCGCGAACAAUCAUUGGUUCGUUGGUACGACAACUGUUGCGUACUAUUCCAGACCUUGGCGCGCUUUCGAUGUACUGCGAAGAUACCAACGCCAAUUGCACUACUGAGACCUUACUCGAGUUACUCUUCAAAGGCUUUCCCUCGCAUCGCAAAGUAUACCUUGUUCUUGACGGCUUGGACGAAUGCAAUUUGGAGGAGAAAAAAGUAUUGAUACAAGCCGUCCGGAAGAUUCAAGACAGGUUACAGGUCCUGUUGUCCUUCAUUGAAGCCGACCUAGAACGCUGUCUCGCCCAAAGACUUCUAACAAUCGGGGACCCAACUCUGAUCCUUGAAAUCCAAGAUGCCCUUCUGAAAGGCUCGCAGGGAAUGUUUCUCUGGGUAGCUCUCCAGAUACAAACUCUGUGCAGUAUGAAGACCGACCGCGCUAUCCGAGAGGCACUGGAGGAUCUCCCUAAGGACCUUUCAGAGACAUUCGCCAGAAUUUUGCAAAAGUCAGGAAGCUCGGACCCAUCACUUCAAGUGAAAACGCUGCAUCUUGUGCUGGCGGCUUGUCGACCUUUGACAACGGACGAGUUGCGGGAGGCUCUAAGCGUUACUCCCGGGGAUGCUACCUGGGAUCCUGCAAACAUCAUCAAUGAUGUCUACUCAGCACUAUCCUGCUGUGGAUGUCUUGUGAUUGUUGAUGAGGAAGAGUUCACAGUCAGAGUGGUUCAUCACAGCUUCAAGCAGUACAUCCUCAAUGGGCCUGGGAACAUGAAUCAUACAGAGUUUUCGCUCAGGGAAGCGCAAAGGACCAUGGCGGACACUAUUGUCACCUAUCUCAACUAUGGCGUCUUCGGAACUGAGAUAUCGAGGGUCAAGGUCACUCCAAUCAUGGUGCAAUCCGCACCAUCCAAGAUCAUACAAGUCGCUAUGCAGUCUUCGAGCAGUACGUCUUCCCUAGCCAUGAAAUUUCUCAAAUCUAGGAAGCAGCCUGCAUUCGACAUGAGUAAAGUCCUCGCAGCAACGCAAAACAUCUUCCGCUCUGAGAAUGGCUAUUCGUUCAGGUUCCACAAUUAUGCGGAAAAAUACUGGCAGGACCAUAUU